GAAGAAGAACACGAAACGCAGAGAUUCGACCCAGGUGCCCCUUCUCCGUUCAAUUUAGCUGAUAUUAGAGCAGCUAUUCCUAAGCAUUAUUGGGUUAAGAAUCCAUGGAAGUCGAUGAGUUAUGUCCUCAGAGACGUUGCCAUUGUGUUUGCAUUGGCUGCUGGAGCUGCUUACCUCAACAGUUGGCUUGUUUGGCCACUCAAGGAACCAUAUGAUGAUUCCCAUUAUUGGUCUUCUUCUAGUUGUCACAACAAUUGUUUUUGCUCUGUUGGUUUCAGUGGACAUGGUAUCUUCUCAAAUGAUCCAAGGUUGAACAGUGUGGUUGGUCACCUUCUUCAUUCCUCAAUCCUAGUCCCUUACCAUGGCUGGAGAAUUAGCCACAGAACUCACCACCAGAACCAUGGACAUGUUGAGAACGAUGAAUCUUGGCAUCCUAUGUCUGAGAAAAUCUUUAAGACUUUGGACAAACCAACUCGGUUCUUUAGAUUUACACUGCCUCUUGUGAUGCUCGCAUACCCUUUCUAUUUGUGGGCUCGAAGUCCGGGGAAAAAGGGUUCUCAUUACCAUCUGGACAGCGACUUGUUCCUUCCUAAAGAGAGAAAGGAUGUUCUUACAUCUAUUGCUUGUUGGACUGCAAUGUCUGCUCUGCUUAUCUGUCUUAACUUCGUGAUGGGUCCAAUGAAAAUGCUCAAACUUUAUGACAUUCCUUACUGGGAAUGGAGUUACUUCAGAGGAGGGCUUACAACAUUGGAUCGUGACUACGGAGUGAUCAAUAACAUUCAUCACGACAUUGGAACUCAUGUGAUACAUCAUCUUUUCCCACAGAUCCCACAUUAUCAUCUAGUAGAUCAGAGUGAUGCAACGGAAUCGAAGAAGACAAAAAGCUAA